GGGGGGGUCAAACGCUCUAGCGUUUGAGGAACAGCUUUUGAGGCGCCACUUCCCGGCGUGCAGUGAGCGGAAGGCGGGUCAGGACGGGAGCUGACUCCCGAGCAGGGGACACAGUGAAUCUGUGGCAUUUGGCCCUAAUCUCGGUGUUCACUAUGCACAUUCUCUACACUAGGUAUUUAUUUUUUCAUAUGUUUAAAAAAAAGUCUGCACACUUCAUUUCUGUCCAGUAAGAACUGAUAGAGAAUCAGGGAUUUGAAAGGGCCUAGUCUGGAAAUUUUCAAUGGGUGAAAAUAAGUGAGCAAAAUUACAUUCAUACUAAAGUGUAAUUCUUUCCAUCUGCUCCAUAGUGGGAUAGCCUCUUGAGGCAACUUCCAAUUACAAUGUCAUUUUAGAUGCUUUCCAUGGUGGCAGGUGGGUGAGGACUAGGGUCUGCAGCGAAGAAUAAUAAACACAGCUCUGGCCAUCCGUGGUGCUUCUAACACCAAGGACUACUCCAGUGGAAGAGUUCUCAUUUUGUUGGGAUGAAUAAAAUUAAAUAAAAAUACACAGUACCCAAUAAAGGACCAGAAAGCUUAAGCUUUGGUCAAGCAGAACAAAGGGCUAAUGAGAAAAGGACGAUGUAUUACAGUUUUCUUCUUUCAGUUCAAAACUAGGUUUUAUUAGCGGAGUUUCCCAAAAGAUUUGGACCAAAUUUCCAAUUCAGAUAUUAUUAGAGAUCAUCAAAACUCAAGUCUCUUUACUGGUUUACACCAAAUCACCCAGACUUCCAGCCCAAAACCCACAUGUUCACAUGGUUCCACAGUGCUGUUUAUGGACGAUAACCAAUUCUCGAAAUGGUAAUCCUGUUAGAAGCCAGAGCCCUCAGCCUCUAGCAUGUGUGCUUUGCACAGAGAUGAGUCUCAAAGUUUGGGGCUGGUGAGGAGCCCAGUGCACAGGAGUUCCACAUUAAGUCAUAAUCGGCUUUGUGUUGGACAGUGGAUGUCAGUUGGUGAAAUCAGGCACAGAAGAGGUAAGGGUUUCUGGUAAUAACAACAUAGCAACAGGUCACCCACGUGUUAAUCAAAACUGUGGGACUGUAGGGAGGGCUUUGCUAAUCCCAGAACAGAGGUGUGACCUUGCCCCAUGUCCAGCCUCGAGAAAAUGUCUACAGCAGAUUUGAUGGAGAAUCUCAGGGAAGAACUCACCUGUUUCAUCUGCUUGGACUAUUUUAGCAGCCCAGUGACCACCGAGUGUGGGCACAGCUUUUGUCUGGUGUGUCUCCUCCGGAGCUGGGAGGAACAUAACACACCUUUAUCUUGUCCUGAGUGCUGGAGGACCUUGGAGGGCCCGCAUUUCCAGCCGAACGAGCGUCUGGGGAGGCUGGCCAGCAUCGCCAGGCAGCUCCGGUCCCAGGUGCUGCAGAGCGAGGAUGAGCAGAGCAGCUACGGGAGGAUGCCCGCUGCUGCCAAGGCGCUCUCCGAUGACGAGCAGGGUGGAAGCGUCUUCGCAGUCCAGAGCCAUGGUGUAAACAGAGUGCACCUCUCCAGCGAGGCUGAGGAGCAUCACAGGGAGAAACUUCAGGAAAUCCUGAAUCUUUUGUGUAUAAGGAGAAAGGAAGCUCAGGCUGUACUAACCCACGAGAAGGAGAGAGUGAAACUGUGCCAGGAAGAAACAAAGACUUGCAAACAGGUUGUUGUGUCAGAAUACAUGAAAAUGCACCAGUUCCUGAAGGAAGAGGAGCAGCUGCAACUCCAGCUACUAGAACAGGAAGAGAGAGAGAACAUGAGGAAACUGAGGAACAACGAGAUCAAAUUGACCCAGCAAAUCAGAGGCCUGAGCAAAAUGAUCGGACAGAUGGAGUCCUCCAGUCAAAGCUCGGCUUUAGAAUCUCUUGAGGAAGUGAGAGGAGCCCUGGAAAGGAGCGAGCCACUCUUGCUUCAGUGUCCAGAGGCCACCACCACAGAGCUGAGUCUGUGCCGCAUCACGGGAAUGAAGGAAAUGCUAAGAAAAUUCAGCACGGAGAUAACGCUGGACCCAGCCACAGCCAAUGCCUAUCUCGUGCUGUCCGAGGAUCUGAAGAGUGUGAAAUACGGGGGAAGCAGACAGCAGCUACCCGACAACCCGGAAAGAUUUGACCAGUCUGCGACCGUGCUGGGCGCUCAGAUCUUCACCAGUGGGAGACACUACUGGGAGGUGGAGGUGGGAAACAAGACGGAGUGGGAAGUGGGCAUCUGCAAGGACUCGGUGAGCCGAAAGGGGAACCUCCCCAAGCCGCCCGGGGACCUGUUCUCACUGAUCGGUUUAAAAAUCGGAGACGAUUACAGCCUCUGGGUCUCGUCCCCUCUGAAGGGUCAGCACGUCAGAGAGCCUGUGUGUAAGGUUGGUGUCUUCCUGGACUAUGAGUCUGGACAUAUAGCAUUCUACAACGGGACGGAUGAGUCCCUCAUCUACAGCUUCCCGCCGGCUUCUUUCCAAGAGGCUCUCAGGCCAAUCUUUUCCCCCUGCCUCCCAAAUGAGGGGACAAACACAGACCCUCUCACCAUCUGCUCACUCAACAGCCACGUCUGAGGGGCGUGCCCUGAGCCUUCACAGCGGGCGAUGUCUGAGACCAAGACGUAACUAUUAAGAUGAUGAAGGCAUCGACAGUAUUAAUGUCAGGUGAUCUGAAAUAAACUCCCCUACCCCCACCCCACCCCCAAGAGUUUCCAUUAACUUGAUCCCACUAUGAGCAGCCAAAUUACACGAUCGACUUCAACCCCAACAGAAGAGAGCUGAUCAUAUUCUGUGUCGUUAACUAAAUGAAUUCUCUAGGCUACCCCAUGUAUGUGCUGGUCACUCAAAUACUGAGACCCUGUUACCAUGAAUCCUACUGCCAUAGGCCGGACUUUAUAAAUAGAUGUCACUUUUUCAAGUGUAUUUAAUUAUUUGACUCU